GUUAUUCACACACAGGGAAGCAGUCAAACCCAGAGAAGCAAACACACAUCCGUCCUGCUCCAGUCUCCCUGCAUUCAGCCCAUAUCCCCACAGCAUCAAACGCACCACACUCACACAGGGAAGCAGUCAAACCCAGAGAAGCAAACACACAUCCGUCCUGCUCCAGUCUCCCUGCAUCCAGCCCAUAUCCCCACAGCAUCAAACGCACCACACUCACACAGGGAAGCAGUCAAACCCAGAGAAGCAAACACACAUCCGUCCUGCUCCAGUCUCCCUGCAUGCAGCCCAUAUCCCCACAGCAUCAAACGCACCACACUCACACAGGGAAGCAGUCAAGCCCAGAGAAGCAAACACACAUCCGUCCUGCUCCAGUCUCCCUGCAUGCAGCCCAUAUCCCCACAGCAUCAAACGCACCACACUCACACAGGGAAGCAGUCAAGCCCAGAGAAGCAAACACACAUCCGUCCUGCUCCAGUCUCCCUGCAUUCAGCCCAUAUCCCCACAGCAUCAAACGCACCACACUCACACAGGGAAGCAGUCAAGCCCAGAGAAGCAAACACACAUCCGUCCUGCUCCAGUCUCCCUGCAUUCAGCCCAUAUCCCCACAGCAUCAAACGCACCACACUCACACAGGGAAGCAGUCAAGCCCAGAGAAGCAAACACACAUCCGUCCUGCUCCAGUCUCCCUGCAUUCAGCCCAUAUCCCCACAGCAUCAAACGCACCACACUCACACAGGGAAGCAGUCAAACCCAGAGAAGCAAACACACAUCCGUCCUGCUCCAGUCUCCCUGCAUGCAGCCCAUAUCCCCACAGCAUCAAACGCACCACACUCACACAGGGAAGCAGUCAAACCCAGAGAAGCAAACACACAUCCGUCCUGCUCCAGUCUCCCUGCAUUCAGCCCAUAUCCCCACAGCAUCAAACGCACCACACUCACACAGGGAAGCAGUCAAGCCCAGAGAAGCAAACACACAUCCGUCCUGCUCCAGUCUCCCUGCAUUCAGCCCAUAUCCCCACAGCAUCAAACGCACCACACUCACACAGGGAAGCAGUCAAGCCCAGAGAAGCAAACACACAUCCGUCCUGCUCCAGUCUCCCUGCAUCCAGCCCAUAUCCCCACAGCAUCAAACGCACCACACUCACACAGGGAAGCAGUCAAACCCAGAGAAGCAAACACACAUCCGUCCUGCUCCAGUCUCCCUGCAUCCAGCCCAUAUCCCCACAGCAUCAAACGCACCACACUCACACAGGGAAGCAGUCAAGCCCAGAGAAGCAAACACACAUCCGUCCUGCUCCAGUCUCCCUGCAUCCAGCCCAUAUCCCCACAGCAUCAAACGCACCACACUCACACAGGGAAGCAGUCAAACCCAGAGAAGCAAACACACAUCCGUCCUGCUCCAGUCUCCCUGCAUCCAGCCCAUAUCCCCACAGCAUCAAACGCACCACACUCACACAGGGAAGCAGUCAAACCCAGAGAAGCAAACACACAUCCGUCCUGCUCCAGUCUCCCUGCAUUCAGCCCAUAUCCCCACAGCAUCAAACGCACCACACUCACACAGGGAAGCAGUCAAACCCAGAGAAGCAAACACACAUCCGUCCUGCUCCAGUCUCCCUGCAUCCAGCCCAUAUCCCCACAGCAUCAAACGCACCACACUCACACAGGUACACACACAAACCACAUUUACACACACGCCACAUUUACACACACGCACGAACGCACACACACACACACACACAGAGCAAGAGAGGUAUACAGGCACCAUCUAGUGCUUUGCUCAGGAAAAUCCUCUGAGAUAGAAAUACAGAGAAUCAUGUAUCAAACUACAUUGUUUUAUAUAUCUGUUACACUUUUACAUAUUUGUUAAACUUGUUUUAUAUAUCAACUAAACUUGUUUUAUAUAUCUGUUAAACUUGUUUAAUAUAUCUGUUAAACU